AUGUCAAUGCCAUGUGCAGAGAAAGGUUCGGUGCAAAUCUUUGAGCUCAUUGCCCAAUUCCUGGAGCAAUGUCAUUUCACAACAGCAGCGCACGCCAUUAUCGCUCAAUGCAGUGAACAUGUGCCUCCCUUGGAGGGAGUUCUUCAACGCUUUCGAAGCCACGUGGACAACUGCGCUUUGCUGCUUGCAGAGUUGGAGGCCAUUAAGCCUAAGAGUGAGACUGCUCGAGAGGCUCUUGUUCAUGACCUUUUGGACAACCUCCUGAGAAAGCUUAUGGCUACAGGGCAAUGCUUGUCUGAUGACAAGCUCCUGACAUGCAUCGACACCACUCUGAAAAGUGACGCCUUUCCAAAGCUGGACGUCAUGGACAUUGUGCUUGACCCCAAGCAAGUUGACACUGGACACAUCCUGACUAUCAGUGAUGUUGAGACCUCCAGGUUCUGGGAAAGUAUCCAAAAAGAGAUGCAGCCGCAACCAGAGGUCUCGCAGCCUGUGCCAACAGCGGAUGCUCAAAGUCAAAAUCCUGUUGAGCCAGCUGUGUCAUCCCACUAUUUGCCCAAGCGGAGGGAUGCAACACAAACAUCGGUCUGGGAUGUUGGAGACGAGUAUCAUGAUGAUGAAGACCCGGGAUAUCGUAUCCGAGAGAUUUACGAGGCUGAGCUUCUUGCUGAGCUCUCGCAAAAGAUGGCCUCAACCAAUCCAAGUGUUCCUGCCGAGCCAACCGAUGCAGAUGAGUUGACAUCUGCUGGCAUUGAGCAAGGUCCAUUUCUAUCUUCAGUGAAGUAG